AUCAUUAGGAAAGUUAUUUGCAAUUGUUCGAAAUUAUCAUUUGGUGUGAGGAAUUGGAAAGUGUAUGACGUGUAAACACAUUUGCGAAAAUAAAAAGAUGAAACUCUAUGUAUGUUAUAAAAUAUUAUCUAGAGCAAGCAAAAAUACAGUGCAUGAGUAAUAAAAACAGUGUAGAUUUCAAACUACGUAAUCAAAAUGAUACGGAGUGUAUACAAAGUUUCGUUUGAAUUUCAUUUGACAGCUGUUGCGAAUGAUUGUAUGAGAAAUAGUGAACGCUAAUUGUCAGCUGAUUGGGGAGGUAGCAAUGUUGUUGCACUCUUGCAUAAAUCCCAAAAAAUAUUGAACGUAUAAUCAAACGUGUAAAAAUUAACAUAUAAUUAAGAAAAAUCAAGUGCCUAUCAAGGUCAAUACAGACAAUUGGAAAUUUUAGUGGAUUAAACACUGUAAAUUUGACAAAUUAAAUAUAGUAUCCUCCGAUAGAAAUUGUGUUUUGAUAGCAACAUUGUUUCGACCUUCACCACCAGCUGUGCGCGGCAACAAACCAAAAUCCAAUUGUUGAAAAUUCAAUGUGGUUUCGCCAUCAAUUGUUCAAGUGCACUUCUAAACUAUAAUAUUGUAAUUGUGAUGGAAAACGUGUAUAUGUGAAAUUAAAGUAAUAAAAAAAUUUAAAAAAAUCAAACUUCGGAACUGUAAUGAAAAUAAGAAGAUUUGCUGCGCUAGCUUUGUUAAAUAUAUUGAAUAAUUUGCUACACGCCUGGAAUUUGAUAGCUGUCCUUGAAAGGAAUUUUACUUCUAUUUUGCGAAGCAUACAUUUUUCAACACUCUUUUUCGUUGCAAUGGAUGGCGAAGGUGGAGAACAACGUGAUCAUAUGGAACACGUACCAGGAGAGCCUAUGGAUGAAGAUGAUGAGGCACCCGUGAUGGGUUUGGGAUAUGAUGUUGAUGACGAAGACGACGAAGAUGUUGAUGAAGAGAAUGAUGAUGCUUCGGACAUGUCUAGCGAGACUGAUUCCGAUUAUUUUGUUGAAAUGGAUAGUGACGACGCUUCUGAUAAUUAUAUACCUGGUUAUGGUGGUGAUUCUUCAACCAAUUCGGAAAGCGAAAGUGAAAUUGGCAGCAGUACAUUUUCUAAUCAAAGAAUUCGCAUGCCUAAUAAACCAAUAUAUACUUUUAAACCUCAACGUUUAAUGAAAUGUAAUUAUAAAAAGAAUUGUGCGCCAAGAGACUAUCCCUUCGCGCGAAGUGGUCAUCGCGUAGUCGCUUCCGAAUCGCAUCUUUAUACAUUAGGUGGUUACAAUCCAAGCAAUAGUAAUGCAGCUAUACAUGGCAGUGGUAUGCUUUUUCAAGAGCUAUGGCGUUUUAACUUAGCAACUAAACGUUGGGUGCUAUUACACAAUCCAUCAACGAAUCGAAAUAUGCCAGGAGAGUUGGCAUCAAAUGCGCUUAUCAUUAGUAAUAAUUUAUUAAUUUCUUACGGUGGGACUGGAUAUCCCUUCGGUGAAUCUUGCUCAAAUGACUGCUAUAUUUAUCAAACACAAGUUGAUAAACCCAGUGUUAUGCGUAUUGAGGCUACUGGUGAUGCGCCCACUCCACAGUAUGGUCCGGGUAUUGUCUUACAUGAACAUUAUUUAUAUACAAUCGGUGGAACAACUGGCUAUGAUUACUCUUGUGAUGUGCAUCGUCUAAAUUUGCGCACACGCGUGUGGGAAUGCGUUUAUAUAUGUCGACCAUAUAUUCGCGAAGAUCCGGAGGGUCGCUACAGACAUGAAGUGGUCUACGAUGGUCAGUAUAUCUAUGUGCUCGGCGGUGGCACCUCAAAUUUGGUCUACGAUUUGGAACGUAUUCCGGCAUUUAAUUUGAAAACGAAUCGUUGGGAAUAUUUUGACACUCUACCCGAUAGAUCAUCACAACCAAAUCAACAAAGCUCGCGACCAAGUUCUGUGUACCCAAAACCAAGAAAGUGCUUUUCCUGCGUGCAACAUACAAAAUCUAAUGGUGAUGUCGAAGCAUUCAUAACAGGUGGCUUACAGUCUGAUCAAGUAUAUUUUGCUGAUAUAUGGAAAUUAAAUUUUACAACUAAACAAUGGACAUUAAUACAAACAGCGUCGCUACCAAAACCAUUGUACUUCCAUGCCGCAGCACAUAGUCAGAACGGUUGUAUGUAUAUAUUCGGCGGUAUUGAAUAUGAUAUUAAACGCAUACGUCGUUGCAAUGAUCUCUACAAAAUGUGGAUGACCAUACCAAAGUUAAGCGAAAUCUGCUGGGAGGCUGUGUUGCAUUAUAAGCCCAAUCUUAAAUCGUAUGGUCACACACAGCUACUUAAAAUGGGUAUACCAAUAUGCUUUGCUCAUCGUUUGUGGUAUUCUACUAAAACCAAAUGAUUAUUUAAAAAUUGAAUGGAACUAAUAAAACGCGACGUUUAAUUAACAGUGAUAAUAACUAUUAUUUUUUACUCCAUAGGAACAUUUGGCCAUUAACGCAUUAGUAUUGAAUAAACAAUUAACGGUAGUGGUGAAGCAAACAAAGAAAAUAAUAUAUAAAUAAAAUAAUUACAUUUAUAAAUGGAAAAUCUUAUACUUAUGUACCGCGUGAUAACAAAAAUUAUUUGAAAUAUGUUCGUUUAAGAAAAUACAUCGAAAAUAACAAUGAACUUCACUUACUGUGCACCAUUUUUCAAGUUUGGUUUUUAAUGCAAAUAACAAUUUCUUAUAAAAUUUAAUAAAUUUCCGGUGCUCCAAUGCGAUAUAUAUUGAAUUUGGCCAAAAAUACAACAACUUCAGUAUAUAUGUUAAAUUUUUCUUUUUUCGAAAAGUAAGAAACACGCUUUCAAAGCUAGUCAUACAUAAAUCGGAUAACAGAGAACUUCAGAACUUUAACAUCAAUACUCACGUUUAGCUUGGGCCACAGCUCCGUUUACAUACAUAAACCAGCAUACAUAUGUAUUUAUAUACCUACAUAAGUGUGAAUUAAAAUAAGUUAGUAACAUGCAGUUUCAUAAGUGAUCGAGUCUAGAGUCUAAUAGCUUUGUGCUAAUAAUGAACAUAUACGUACUUAUGUAUGUGUAUGUGCGUAUGUAUGCAAUUAGAUUUUCCAAAUAAUAAGUAAAGUAAUUUAUAAUUAUAAUAACAGAAGUUUAAUUGCAAAAAAUUUACUUUUUUGAGCUGCAGAUUACUAACUAUUGUUUCGCAAGAUUGGCUUUUGAACUCAAAAUUGCUCUAAUAUUUAUGUGAUUUUUACGAGUACUUCAGCCAAAUAAUUCGAGCCAACAAUGCAUUGCAAAUAAUUAUGAAUAAUGAUAUCAAUGAUUAAGAAUUGAAAAAUAAUGUACACCGAGCAGUUACAAUUGUACAUACUUAAAUAUAUAUGUACGAAAAAAGUAAUGACCCGCAUAUGCAUACAUACAUUAUGUGCUACGUACAUAUAUGUGUAUGUACAUACGUGUUUAUUGCCAUGGCUAUGCUAGAAAUUUAGUCUUAGUAUGUAUGAAACAUAUUUAGCUAAAGUUAAUUUUUAAUUGUAAAUAUGCGAUUGCAAUAAAAAAAACACUUUCAGAACAA